AUGAUGCAAACCAGAUUCCAGAAAAGGAAGUUGUUGCAGGGUGCUGAAUGCAAAGAUAAAACCUACACAGCCCUGACUAACCAGGACAAAAGCAGUGGAGGUGAAGUUGUAGACACAGGUAUUGGUAUUGGUGUUGCAACUGAAUUUGAGGCUAAGGAUAGCAAUGCAGAGGAGAAGUUAGAUGAAGAUGUAGCUGAUGGCGAUGAUGCAGAUGUUGAUCAUACAAAUUAUGAGACUGAAGGUAAGGCCACUGCCGCUCCUCCGGACAAGUCCACUGCCGCUCCUGCAGGUGCUAAACAAAAUUUUGAUUCAAUUUGGUGCUAUCCCAGCAUGCCAAACAAAAUCUCUUUCAUUGUUGCAUGUCCUGUCGAGGGAUGCCACGAUCCAGUUGUGCUUGGCAGGGGUAGGAAGCUCUAUUCAUUAAAGGGUAACGAUGAUCUACACAGCUUUGCAAGUUUGUGUCACAAAAGACUAUCAUCUGGUCUUGACAAAAAUGGGGGCGCGGAGCAACUUUUGCCAAGGGCACCUGAGAUCCUCCUUCAGAAGCUGAAACCAAAGCAGGUGGGGGUGAGGGAAAAAAAAGCUAGAGUGAGUAGAAAGGAACGGUAUGCAGUACCAAGCGACGACGAGGUGCCAAUGGGUACCGAUACUGAAAUGGUGUCGUCACAUACGCUGCUUGCACAACCGUCAAAAGCUGGUUGGCUGGACCUUGUUUUGCUGCCAAGGUUUCAUACAUACUGUCAAAAAAUGCGCAUGCACUACAAAACGUUCCAUAUGGGUCAUAAGCUGCCAAGUGGUUGCAAGGCAGAAUCCCUAACAAGGAUGAGGACCAACGUCGACAUGUGGAAUACUAGUCAUCCUGACAGACAGAUUAAAAUCUCUGUCUUCCAGCAAACUUACAAUGAUGUUUGCUCUGAACAGCUGUUGGAUGAGAUGAAAUACUUUAUUUUGGACGACAUGCAGAAGGACAAUUUGUGGCAGCGGAUUAUUGAAGACCACGAUGAGAAAGCAAAAAAAGAAGUAGUUGAUGGACACUAA